AUGAUCCGCGGAUUCCAUCAGUCGUUCAUGACGGGCUUUGGGUCCCACGUUCGUAAUGCCUUUGACUCCUUGCAAUUGAGUUCUCUACGACCUAGGCUUCUCCUUCUUCUCCUUCCACAGAGCGGACAGACCGACACCGGAAACCUUGACGACCUUGAAACGCACACCGGGAAUAUCACCCUUGGCCUUGCCCUUACGACCGAAUCCAGCGAGCAGGACCUCGUCGUUCUCGUCGACAAAGUUCAAGCAACCAUCGUUGGGAACUGUGGUCAUAUCCCACGACCUGCUGAGCGACAAUGCGCAGAUGAUUCUCUCUGCAUUGAUUCAAAGAAGUUCUUAGACAUCUGGACGCAUAAACUACGACUCAAUUCUAAAAUCGCUACUGAAACCUCGUCCUGUCGUCUCAGUGAACAACCGCAUCCGAUUAUAUGCCAAAAUAUCGGGCGCAACGCAUCCAUCAUUCGAGCGCAUGGCUACAUCACCAACACAAUUUAUUUGAUAUAUCUUGGUUCAACCUUCUCAAUGGCAUCCCAGGAGAAGAAGACCGUUAAAACUCAAACGAAUCGUCUACCGGCUCCAGCGCUCUUCGUUGGGCCACCCUCUCACAAUGCCUCCAACACAUCCCUCUUACCCCCUGGGGAUUCGAGAGAUCCAACGAGGAUUCCACUAGUCCGUCAACGUUCUCUACUCUCCCCAGAUUCGAAGCGACCCCUGCCGCCCACUACAGGCAACCAGUACGACGGUGACAACCUCAGUCUCACCACGUCGAAUCCAUCUGCGCCCUUCCAACGUCGGCAAAGGGCUCAAAGUCAAGCUGCAGAAGCCGAAGCAUCGUCACGAGCCGAGGCAGUAUGGGCAGAGAUGCAGAACACGCUGGAGGAGGUCGAGCUGAGUGCUAUCAAGGGGCCAGGGAUGACAGUCUUUGGAUCUGACCAUUCGCGGGCUUUGGACGAGCUCCGGAAAGCGCAGAUCGAGUUGGCAAAAGCGUGGGCAAGGUCGGAAGCCGAGGAACAUGAAGAGCCAGGCGAUCAGCAAAAGAAGUCGCAAGACAUUAAAGCGACUGAUCUUGCAUCACAAACUCUAGUCAAUGCUAGCGACAACACGACUACAACAAAGGGUGACAAGUUAUUCGACAGAAUCAAACUGGAGGAAGAAACUGAGAAAGACAUUGAGCUGAGUAGAAGGCGACGAGAAGAAAACGACCGGUACUUUGAGAAGGUUAACAAAGGCGUACAGGAGGUGGUCGUUCGGCUGGAAGAGGUCGCAAAGGCAAUGAGAGGGGUCGAGAGCGAAAGUCAAGAGAUAUGGGGCCAUGGAAGUGAUGGUGGCGCUGAUACAGAAAGCCUGACUACGGUGCCAAGCAGUACAUGA